GGCCUAUGUAGUGCGUGUCUCGGUGCGUGGUUCUCGAUGCAGAUAGCUGUUUCCUUGAUACAGAGCUUCCCUAGCGCCACGAAGUCUCACGGCGCUUCUACUUGUUCCUCAGUUAGAUAGUGCGAGAGAAAAGCCGCAACCCAAAAGGGUUUCCGCGGCACGAAAGCUUCUCCCCCAUGACCGUGCCCCUGCCCAGAUCUAAUACUCAUUGUCGAUACACUCACUCAUCUGUCUGCAAUGCACCGUCAAAGAAAUCAAGAUAGGCCUCCAGCCAAUGCGGCGUUCUUUCGUUCAUGAGAUUCAAAAGGGCCAGCUCUCGCCAUUCAUCCACCUGACGGCGGAGCUCCGGAGACUCAGCUGUGCCACCCAUCUUUCUUGCCCUCUCGUCCAAAGAAACAGGCGGUGCAGCUUCUUUGAAUGGACCACUCCCAUCUUUACUGGCACCUGGCGGCCGGAACGGUCCAUCCAGGACAGGGAAGGGCUCGGGCGGUGGUGGCUCCAUUUGCUGGACCCCAUCUGUCAAGGCAGCGGCGGCUUCCAUCGGCUGACCGUACGCUGAGGCUGCGGUUGUGGCUGGGGGCUCCUCCAUGCCCGUCGGCCAAGCCGCUAUGUCCCUUGCUCUAGCCUCCUCCGCGGCCUGCGGAGAACAGCCAGCAUGAGGAGACACAUAAGUGGGCGGUUGAUCUGUGAUGUCUCUUAUGGUUCUUCCAGUCGGUCGGAAGCAUACCUUUGUGCUCGUGUCGUCCGUACCACCACCAUUUCGAGUGCCUUCCGGGCCUUGUGUGUCGUCCGUGACUGCUCUUUCUGACGCGUUCUCAGCUGCCUGGCUGCUGGUAGGGCCCCUCUCGGCCACCCGGCCCGUCGUUGUGAUGCCCUGCUCGUCCAUGUGAGGGGCCCCUAAUACCGGCUCCUCAGUAACCUGAGACCACACACACCAACGACAAUCUCAGCCUGAAAUCGAAUCUGUCACGCCGCACCCGUUUGGCAUCGAAGUGAGUCGUCCCUGCCCUUUCGUCUCGGGUGGCUGGCACUGCCUUUGCAGCCGCUGCACUGCGCAGCGCAUCCCUGAUCAGGGCAUCCCUCUUGAGACGCGCAUAGGAAUGAGCAAUCACCUGACAGCACAGAGCCAGACGCGACUUUGCUUCCUAUUCGCUCAUGUUCAGCUGGGAGCUCAAUUACAAACUUUGUACUUCAACUCCCACACGACACUUUGGUGCUUUAACGCCUGAAUUAUCACGGCUGCGCACACAAGGCACGAAAAAAUGGAGACAUCAACAUGUUGAGGAUGUGCCGACGUGAGGGAAACGUGAUAUGUGUACCGUUUUGAAUGUCGUUGAUGUUUGUUUGCAUUCGGCGUGUCUUGACAUGCUCUUGGCAUUCCUGACACACACAAGAGUCGAUGCCGUAAGGGCGCUUUCUGUGGUAGUCUGUCUAGCUACUGGGGCACCGCGAGGACUUCCUGGACACGCGCCAUUGAGUGGCUUGAAAGGAGCAGGAGAGAUUGCCCCAUCGACUGCUCAUCAUAGAAUCCCGGGUGGUGUACGCCAUGGACCCCCGCCUGUUUGGCUGUCUGCUGCGCUUCCAGUAAAGGAUUCAUCGCUCUCGAGAAAGAAAG